AUGACAAGGCUUGCACGCACCACCGUGGCGGCAAGCUCCCUGUCACGGGCCACUGCAACGAGACACUCACUGCAACGAACCUUGGCAACGUCGAGCUCGCACCACCUGCAAUCGAACUCUCGUGCUGGUCCCUCACGGCCAUUCCUCCAUCCGAAUGUAGCAGCACCCCCACAAAUCUUGGCUGCAAUUUCUUCGACAAGUCGAAAGCUGGCCACAGCCGCAACAAGCACGCAUAACAUCGAGUCCGACAUCGUAGUUGUAGGAGGAGGCGUGGUUGGACUGGGUCUUGCCUGCGACCUCGUCGCCUCACAGGCUGUGAGCUCAACAUCUCAGUCAGGAGAUCAGCCCAUCACCUUGAUCGAAGCCUCCAAUCUUGACCGCCUCCGAAGCUGGACCGCCGACCGUGCCCACCACCUCUCUCAGAGCCACGCAUCUUCCUCUUCGUCCACCGAUGGUCUGGAUUGGGAGAAUCGCGUCAUCUCGCUCACAUCCGAAAACCUCGACUGGCUCAAGCGCAUGGGCGUCUAUCCUUUCCUCGUCGAGCACCGCCUCCGCCCCAUCAGCUCCAUGCGUGUCUGGGACGGUCUCUCCGGUGCCCUGCUCGAUUUCGACUCGGCUCAUCUCUCCGACGCAGUAGGCUCCAGCUCGCAGAUCAGCGUCAUGGUUGAGAUCAGCAACCUCCAGCAAGCUAUGCUGCAAUUCCUCGAGCAAGGUCCUGGCAAGGGCAUUUGCACCAUCAAGGAUGGCGCAAAAGUUGACUCAAUCGUCGGCGGAUCAAAGGUCGAAGUGGGAAGCACAUCGAUCGAGCAAGAUCCUUGGCCAAUCGUUCAGCUAUCGGCGGGAGACGCUAUCCAGGCGAGGUUGCUCGUGGGUGCUGAUGGACCGAACUCUCCCGUUCGCAAGUAUGCCGGUAUCGGUGACUAUGGCUGGCCGUAUGAUCGACGAGGUUUGGUGGGUACGCUUCGUUGUCGAGGUGUGGAGCAUGGCGAGCCCGCCGUUGGCCAUACCGCGUAUCAGCGAUUUCUACCCAGUGGCACGAUUGCUUUCCUUCCACUGUCGGAUUCCACCGGCUCCAUGGUAUGGACGCUCGAGCCCGAAGUUGCAUCCGCAUUGGCCGUGCUCCAUCAUGAGACGGCAGAAUCUACAGAUGAACCGCUCGCCAAGCUCGUCGAUGCUGCGUUCCGACUACCCUGGUCGCACAUCGAGCGGCUGUUCGCACGUGUCGUAGCGUUCACAAAGUAUCCGCAGCCCGAAGGAGCGCAGCGAGACUGGAGGUGGCUCACUGCAGAGAUCCCAACGGAGGCCGAAUGGGUCGAACGAGGACUGGACGAGCCUCUGCCCGAGAGCGGAAGCGGUGAAGUGCCGCCCAAGGUCCACUCACUCGACGUCAAGAGUGUAGCCAGCUUCCCGCUCAACCUCAAGCAUGCCGAUGCAUAUCUCGGCGCAUCGCUGAAUAGCUCGCCUGUUCUGCCGUCGGGUUUGCUUGCUGGUGCGAUGGCUGCGGUCGGGCUCGCGCCCGAAGGCGCGGGGCAAGGAGCAGGUCGCGGGCGCACAGUCCUCGUCGGCGAUGCGGCACAUACGAUCCACCCGCUCGCUGGGCAGGGUCUCAAUUUGGGCAUCGCGGACGUGCGUUCUCUGUCCCGGACUCUGCGCUCGGCGUUGGGCGCAGGUGCCGACAUUGGCUCGUACAACGCGCUCAAGGGAUACGCUCGAGAUCGGUACUGGGAGAACCAGAAAAUGCUCUCGGCGGUCGACCACCUGCACUGGCUCUAUGCUGGCACUCCAGUACCGCUGAGUCAGCAGGCGGAUGGUGGAAAGCAGCAAAGGGAACGCGAUGGAUUGUUCAGGACUGCGGCCAAAGAAGUUGUUGGAAGAGGAACGGUUUGGGCUCGCAGUACGGGCUUGGAGGUGAUCAAUGAGCUUGACUUUGUCAAGAACGCAUUUAUGCGUCAGGCUGGAUCUACGACGAGCAGCGUUCGCAGUGGUCCGUGGCCGUCAUCGAGGCGUACAUUCUCCACGCUUCGCGGCCAAGGUCUGCACCUGACCUCACGGCCUCGAGCAUCCCCGCUGACGAGGGGAAAUGGCUCACUGAUUCGUCACCACUCGUCUGAAUAUUCAGGACCGCUUGCAUCCGACGUCUACACAGGCGUCGACGCAAGCGACCCGUCCAACGCAGCCACCACCUCGACGCCGUCUCUCGCCUCACUCACACCCUCACAACGACGAGCUCUGCGCGACAUGCUUCGCGUCGACCACUCUGGCGAGAUCGCCGCCAACACGAUCUACCAAGGUCAAGCGGACAUGUUUGGCGCGCUCGGCGACGUCAAGAACCGCGAUCUGUCGAUCGAAAUGUGGCAGACCGAAAAGAAACAUCUCGAAGUCAUGCGUGCUUUGCUCCGACAGCACAAUGUUCGACCUUCGCUGCUGUUGCCCGUCUGGUCUACGGCGGGGAGGGUGUUGGGCGGUGUGACGGCGUUGUUGGGACCGAGGAGCGCAAUGGCGUGUACGGAGGCGGUGGAGAGCGUGAUUGGAGAGCACUACGAUGACCAGUUGAAGGAGCUCAAGACGAUUCUGGAGAAGGAGCAGGUGGGAGGAGAGGUUGCGGAAGAUGUGCAUCCAUCGUUGCCGUUGCUGUCGGAUAUCAUUAAGGAGUUUAGGGACGACGAGUUGGAGCAUUUGGAUACAGCGGUGGAGAACGAAUCGCAGCAGGCGGCAGGUCAUGCGUUGUUGAGCGCGGUGAUUGCGGCCGGUUGCAGGGGCGCGAUUUGGGUCGCUUCGCGGGUCUAG